GCCAGAUUGUACUUUGUAUUGGUCGUUGUUGCUCGGGACAAUGAAGCAGAAUUCUAACGUACCGGCGUUCCUGAGUAAGCUGUGGACGUUGGUGGAGGACUCGGACACGAACGAGUUUAUCACAUGGAGUCAGAAUGGUCAGAGUUUCUUGGUGCUUGAUGAACAACGAUUUGCAAAAGAGAUCCUGCCCAAGUACUUCAAACACAAUAACAUGGCCAGCUUUGUGAGGCAACUAAACAUGUAUGGUUUCAGAAAGGUGGUCCAUGUUGACUCUGGAAUUGUGAAGCAGGAGAGAGAUGGACCUGUUGAAUUUCAGCAUCCAUUCUUCAUUCAAGGGCAAGAUGAGUUACUGGAGAAUAUCAAAAGAAAGGUAUCCUCCACAAGACCUGAAGAAGCUAAAGUGAGACAGGAAGAUAUAUCUAAAAUUUUGAACAGUGCUCAAAAAGUUCAGAUGAAACAAGAAACUAUUGAUUCACGACUGUUUACAUUAAAAAGAGAAAAUGAAGCCUUGUGGAGAGAAAUAAAUGACCUGCGUACCAAACACUCCCAGCAGCAGCAAGUUAUUCGGAAGAUUGUGCAGUUCAUUGUGACAUUGGUGCAGAAUAACCGAUUAGUGAGUUUAAAGAGAAAAAAGCCUUUACUUCUCAACACGCAGAGUUCACCGAAACCCACCAUUUUACAGACAAUGGUUAAAGAAACUGAAGACAAACAUCAUAUGACCCAUAGGGGAGAAGGCUUAAACAGAGGAGAGAUUUCUGAUGAUAUAGUAAUUUAUGAUAUAACUGACAAACUAGAGGAAGAAGGAGAGAGAAAUGUACUUGGGCAAGAAAAUUGUGAUCAUUCUGACACACUGAAUGAACGUCUUUCACCUGAAAUAGUAAUAGUGGAGGAUGAUAUUGAGGAUGAUGAUGCCUCCAUUCUGCCAGAAGUUAGACAUUCAGAAAUGAUUGGUUCACUGAGCCCAGUCCGAGAAGACAUCUCAAGCCCACUGAUGUCUGGUCCUCUUCAGCUUAAUAACCAGUCCUCGCUUACUGCAGAAGACCCUGUCACCUGAUGGAUUCCAUACUUAAUGAGAGCGGUGUUAUUUCUCAAAAUAUUAAUCUCCUUGGAAAAGUUGAAUUGUUGGAUUAUUUAGACAGCAUUGACUGCACUUUGGAAGACUUCAAAGCAUUGUUGUCUGGACGUCAGUUCAGCAUAGACCGAGAUCUCCUGGUUGAUUUGGAAACUAAAGGAAUUGAGACAAAAAACAGUGACGUUCUUCCAGGACCAGCAAAUUGCAAUGCAGAUGGUGUGAAAUCAGAUCAACAGCUUGUACAAUACACAUCCUACCCACUCAUGGCUUUUCUGGAUGGAGACACUGGAGGCUUCACGUCCGAGGUCCCAUCUGCCAAGGCAAAUGAUAUGGACAAUUUUCUAGAAUCUAGCCUGGAUUCGGAGCCCACACAGAGUAAACUGGUGCGUCUAGAGCCCCUGACUGAGGCUGAGGCUAAUGAAGCUACUUUGUUCUAUUUAUGUGAACUUGCACCUGCAACUCUGGACAGUGACAUGUCUCUAUUGGACAGUUAA